AUGGCAAAUUUUGGUAUCUUGGCCGGGAGGCGUGCAAUUUGGUUUGGUCAGUGGACACAUGCACAUGAUGUUCCUGUAGGCGAGGAUAUAAUCUAUGCCUUCCACGAUCUCAUCAGCCUUCCUCGCCUCAAGGAUAUCCAACAUUUGCCUGUCGGACGUUGUCUACAGCAGCAGGGAAUAAAAACAUCGUUAACUGGGGGCUACACUGUCAAGUAUUGCGGUGAUCUGACCGUAGUUCAGCAAGCACAGGUCGCCCAUCGGAUAUUUGAUAACAUUGAAGAGGCGCAAGAAACUGUGGUGCAAUGGUUAGGCUGUGCGGCAUUUACUCAGGCGCUCAGCAUUAUGUUAGCAUACAACAAGCGCAGCAUAUUGGAGGCGGAUCCAGACUACCCCAGAGAUGGAAACACGGACGCGCAGGAAGAAUUCAUUCUCGACGCCGCAUGGACGACCCUUUUGAAGCAGACCGGCAGAAGCACAGACGUGAUCCCCACGGACGUUGACCUGGAAUGUCUGUCGGUCUUAGAACAGCACCUGUUCGAGAAGUCGGCUCAGUCGGGCUCUGCAGGAAACUAUCAGUGGGACAUGGAUGGUGGAAACCAUCAACAUGGUUGGGACACAUAUGCUGGGCUUCCAUCCCACUUGAACCACGAGGAUCACAAUGAAGGAGAUUCUGAUUGUGAUGAAAAAUGA